AGCAGUAAUCACACAAGAAGGCCCAUCCUUUGACAAUCCUGUGACAAUAACUUUAAGCAUCACCUACGACAAGCGCAUCUCUCCAUCUGUGAUACACACUGUGUAAGGUCUGACCCUCAGAGGACGAGAUGGAUGCUUUUAAAUGGCCCCUCCUCUUUGUGUGGCUUUUCUUUAAAGUUGUUCAAACUGAAGUCUCGCCCUGGACCAUUCAGGUGCCAUCCUCAGUUAAAGGUCUCCCUGGAUCCUGUGUGGUGAUUCCCUGCACAUUUAACUACCCAGAUCCAGACAAGAAGAUCACUAAAUUCACUGGGAUUUGGUUCAAAGCCAGUGGUGAAAUCAUCUAUCACCCAGUUGAGUCUAAAAUCAUGCAGCAGUAUCGGAGUCGGACGGAGCUGCUGGGAGACGUCACACAGAGGAACUGUUCACUGAAGAUUGAUCCCCUUCAACAAACUGACCAAGGGCCAUUUUAUUUCAGGAUUGAAAUUGCAGAUUACAACAAUUUUUCUUUCAAAGAGAACAGAGUCUCUAUUUCAAUGACUGGUAAACUACAAAUCUCUGUGAAAGAGGAAGUAGUGGAGGGCCAGACUGAGGUGGCUUCCUGCUCUGUGUUUCCCUCCUGCCCCACCUCUCCUCCUGUCUUCAACUGGAGUCACUCUGGAGAGCAGAUCCAAUCACCGCAGUUUGACGAUGGCCAGUGGAAAGUAACAGCUAAUCUGACCUUUCGCCCUACCUAUGCUGACCACAACAAGCCUUUACUCUGCACCGUAACAUACAAGGGAGGGAGGAAACAGGAGGCAGCCAAGGUCCUCAAAGUAAAGCACGCCCCAGUGAAUGUGAAGGUUGAGUACAAGGCAGAUGUAAAGGAGGGAGAGGCUGUGCAGCUGAAAUGCUCCAGUGAUGCUCAUCCUCCUGCCAGCAGCUAUGAGUGGCAUAAUGAAAAAGGUGCUCAGUUGCAUCGGGGAAACCACUACAUGUUGCCAAAUGUGUCCAGACGCGUAGGUGCAUUGUACUGUACUGCCAUCAACACAGAAGGACGAGGCAAGUCGAGCCCUGUGCAGCUCAGUGUGUUAUAUGCCCCUGAGAUUAAGACCGUCUCGUCCUGCUCCUCAGAGGGGGGUAUGGUAAAGUGUAUGUGCAUUGUGGAGUCCAAGCCUCCCUGCACGCUCCAUUUUGUACUUUCGGACAGAGUCCUGCCAGGAACCAAGGUAGAGAAACAUGGCUCUGUUACCAUUGGGACUCUGCAGGGAGAGUUUGGAUCCUCUGAGUUCGUCCUCUGUCUGGCAAACAACACUGAGGGCAAUGCCAAACUCACACUCGCUUUACAUGUCAGCGGUAAGGAAAAAUUUGUAGAGUGCAUGACAUGUGUAAGAUGCCUAAAGACUGUUGCCAUGAAUUAUACUAAAACAGAAAAGUGA